CGGCUACACAUGUCUGACUGCUCUUAUCAACUUAUCAUAUAAGGAAAGGAAAGUGAUUGAUUCGGAUCCUGACACCGCAGGAUCUGGGGGAAGAGCACGAAGCAGCCCAGCUGAUCAGCAAGGCGAAUGCAGCCCUCACCCGUGAGCAGGGCCGUCCCUCCCGCUGCAGCCUGACAGUUGACUGCGGGAACGGAGAGGAGACGGCGUCGGAAGCCGAGGCUGCCGCCAGACAAGGAGCGAAGGAGGCUUUCAUUGAUGGACCUUGAGCCGCGGCAGGGGAGCCCCGCGCGCAAGAGCGCAGCUUAGCGCCCAGUCUCAUGCGCCCUGCAGUCUGCUAGGCUGGUGGCUUAGACCGAGCGAGCGGGAGAAUGUGGCAGCUGCUCGUCUUUACUCUGAGCUGUGACCUCGCCGCAGCCGCAGCCUAUAACAGCUUUCGGAAGAGCCCGGACGGCAUCGGGAAGAGGCAGUAUCAGGUUCAGCACGGCUCCUGCAGCUACACGUUCCUGCUGCCGGAGACGGACAACUGCCGCUCUGCCUCCAGCCCCUACGUGUCCAACGCGGUGCAGAGGGACGCGCCGCUGGACUACGACGACUCGGUGCAGCGGCUGCAGGUGCUGGAGAGCAUCAUGGAGAACAACACCCAGUGGCUGAUGAAGCUUGAGAACUACAUCCAGGACAACAUGAAGAAAGAGAUGGUAGAGAUACAGCAGAACGCGGUGCAGAACCAGACUGCCGUGAUGAUAGAAAUAGGAACCAACCUACUAAACCAAACAGCAGAGCAAACCCGGAAGUUAACCGAUGUUGAAGCUCAGGUAUUAAAUCAGACCACAAGACUUGAACUCCAGCUUCUGGAACAUUCCCUGUCUACAAACAAGUUGGAAAAACAGAUUUUGGAUCAGACCAGUGAAAUAAAUAAACUGCAAGAUAAGAACAGUUUCCUGGAAAAGAAAGUACUGGAUAUGGAAGAUAAGCACAUAGUUCAACUUCAGUCGAUAAAAGAAGAGAAAGAUGAGCUCCAGGUGUUGGUGUCCAAGCAAAAUUCCAUCAUUGAAGAACUAGAGAAACAACUGGUGACUGCCACGGUGAAUAAUUCAGUCCUCCAAAAGCAGCAGCACGAUCUGAUGGAGACAGUUCAUAAUUUAUUGACCAUGAUAUCGACAUCAAACUCAGCUAAGAACUCCCUGGUUGCUAAGGAAGAACAAAUCGUCUUCCGAGACUGCGCGGAUGCGUUCAAAGCGGGACUGACAACCAGCGGCGUCUACGCACUCAGGUUCCCGAACUCCACCGAAGAGAAAAAGGCUUACUGUGACAUGGAGACUGGCGGAGGUGGGUGGACGGUUAUUCAGCGACGUGAAGAUGGCAGUGUCGAUUUUCAGAGGACUUGGAGAGAAUACAAAGUGGGGUUUGGGAACCCUUCAGGCGAGCACUGGCUGGGAAACGAGUUUGUUUCACAAGUGACUAAUCAGAAGCGCUACGUGCUCAAAAUACACCUGAAAGACUGGGAAGGGAACGAGGCCUACUCGCUGUACGAGCACUUCUCUCUCUCAGGUGAAGACCUCAACUACAGGAUUCACCUUAAAGGACUCACGGGGACAGCCGGCAAAAUAAGCAGCAUAAGCCAACCAGGAAACGACUUUAGCACGAAGGACGCGGACAACGACAAAUGUAUCUGCAAGUGUUCACAGAUGCUCACAGGAGGCUGGUGGUUUGAUGCGUGUGGUCCCUCCAACCUGAACGGAAUGUACUACCCGCAGAGGCAGAACACAAAUAAGUUCAACGGCAUUAAGUGGUACUACUGGAAAGGGUCGGGCUACUCGCUCAAGGCCACGGCCAUGAUGAUCCGACCAGCAGACUUCUAAAUGCCUGCACGCACCUGGGGACGGGCUGCUGUCCUGUUUUCAAAGACUAACUCCCACAGCUCUAGAAGACACAGCUGCCUCCUGCCUCGUCGUCCUCCUCAGACAGACAGCACGCUCCCAGGGCCGAGGGGACCCAUGUGCUCCAAAUUAGAGCCCCGGAAACUUUGUCACUUAAACCUGCACCACUUUGCGAACCAAAGCACAACCCAGAACAAGCAACAGCCUGCUAUGGUGCCCUGGUAGAAAGCCCACGGGGAGACAAAUUUAAGCUGGAGAAUGAGACUGACAAUUUACAGACUCUGUUGUCACAACCAAGAAUGUCAUGUGCGAGUUCAUCAGUAAAUAACUGGAAAACAGAACACUUAUGCCAUGUAGUAGAGAUAAUCUUGGAACUGCAUUCUUCUGAGCACUGUUUACUGACUGUGUAAAUAUCCAUACGUCCCAAAUUCAGCAUCGCUAUCGUAAUUAAAAGGAAGGAAAAAAUUCUCUAAGCCAUAAAGAUAUAUAUUCAGGGAUUUUUGUCAGAAGUGGUUAUUAGCAGUUUAAUAUUUGGAGAAGGAAAAACAUAGUUAAUGCAUUUUUAGUCCUCCUCUUAUGUGCUUUAAAUUUUCAUUUUGAAAACAGCAUAUUUACAUAUGUGUUGUCAGCUUAGUUUUAAGUUAAUGCUCAAAUAUAUAUUUCAAGUUUCUAUGGUGAAAACUUUCAGGAUCUCUGACAUUAUUAACAGAAAUGUGUCCUUUUAGUAUAUAUGAAGAUUGUACUAUUUUUUCUGCCUUGUUGUUAAAUAUGAAGGUAUUUUUAGUAAUUAAAUAUAACUUAUUAGGUGAGAUGACUACAUUUAACUUUUAUGAUCAUAUUUACAGCAUUGUCAUUUGAUUCUGAAAUAACAGAUUAUGACUCGUGACAAGGAAAGUUUUGAUUUUCUUAAGGAAAAAAAAUUAUACAUUUAAUUUCACGACAAAGAGGCGUUCCUAUCUUUUACCCGCUAUUCUAAUACAGGAGUGUUUUUUCUCUUCUACCACGAUGUAUUUUAGGGAAGUAGUCUACAACAGAUUGUGGUUGAGAAAACUCUUCCACUUAAAACACUUAUUAACAAAGCUAUACUUGUCCAGUGAGAUUCAGCCCUGAAUUUAUUUAAGGAAAAAAAUAAUUUGCAUUAGUAAGAUUAACUUAAAUCAUCAUCAAUCUUAAAAAAAAAAAAAGGUGUCCUGGAGUACAAACACCAAACCUGGUAUUUACAGCAUAUUCAAACGUUCACAGAAAAUUUUGAGAGCACGGAUUUCAGCUCAGGACUGCAAAACCUGAAACUGCUCGAGUUUCUAAUCUGUUUGAAGUUUUCAUAGUACAAGUAAUACUAAUGAACAUUUGUGCAGUGCUUCAUAAUUUGGAAACAAUUUCUUAUAUAUUCGCUUUCGAGUCAACUGCCAGGAAGCUAAGAGACAAAUUUGCAGCCAGCAUUUACCACGUAUCUGUCUUCACCUUAUAAUGUUCUACCACCAUUUUUGUUUCUUUACUCCAUUUUUCUUAUCUAAUUUAUUCUACUCCCAUACCAACCCCUGCCCCUUAGUUUUGGAACACUUGGCUGAUGCUACCUGUUUUGAGUCAAUCACGGGCCCCGGAGGCAGGCCCUCUGCUUCCCCGCCACGCGGCACGCUGUACACACACAUCAAUGAGCAAAGCACCCCCGUCUUAGGACAGCUCGUCUUACCCCAGGUAGGAAGGCCUUACCCACCUAACGGAUGCUGAACGUACACAUAGCUGUGUAUCAAAUUAAAAAGCAUCAGAUAAUAAGGAAAUAUCACCACGUCAAAAGAAACAGUAAGUUUCCAAGAUAUCUCAAUGACUACAGGACAGAUACUGAGAUGGGGAAAUGACAAUACAGGAAAAACCGGCAACAACAUCUUUGUAACACUUGCCCACGUAGGGAGAUAAAGUGUAUUUCAAAGGCAAACCUCAGGAUGUCAGUCAGAGUUAUACGUACUCUCUCAUGACAGAGAAUGGGAGAAUUUUUGUUUUUACUUUACACUUCGGUUCCUUACCCAGUAUUUCGAGUCUUGCUGAGAAGAAUUUUUUUCUCUCCUUGAGAUAACAUUUAUAAAGUUGAGAGCAAAUCAAAACAGUCAUCUCAAAAAUGAAUACAAAAACAACCCAACAACUAAACAAACACAGUGACUGGAGGGCAGAGUUCAAUUUCCAGUUACAUGAUAGUCAUGUGGCAUCCUCAAACAAUUAAAAAAUCUAGAGACCAGUCACAGACUGAAAAUCACCAUUUAUCUAUCAGGUGUUAAUCUUUUGAAAGAAUAAAAAGUCACAAACCAGUUAACAUU